GUUGCUAGGUGUGAAUGAACUGAUGCUUUCUCACAAUUAAACAGCUCCUCAGUUUACAGGUCGACCACAACAAAGCAACAACUAGUCCUUUUUUGCGGAUAUUCCGAGCCAAAAGAUGGCUCUUUGAACUCGUGAAGUUUUCGGACCCGUGAAUAAACCGUGCCUUGCUUCAGCAACGCACCUCAAGUGCUCUACCUUUUUUUCUGCAAGAAUGGAGUUUCAUUAUGCACACCCUGCCCUGCUCUCUGUGGCCCAUCUGUCAGACGCUGCUUGCUCUCAGCAUAUGCUUGGACUUGGACUGAAUCAAAGCACCAUCAGACAAUAUGAUGGCAACAUCAGCUCCUGUUUGGAAGACUCUUCGUGUCUACCCGGCAGACCCCCUCGCUCUCUCUCACCCACAGGCUAACCACAGCCAAUCACAGGGGUACAGGGGGGAGGUGUCAGAGGAGACUCAGCACUUAAUUGGUGAUGGUCUCACUGGCUGGAUGACGGAAGAAGUGGAUUUCUCCUCGUACCUCCCAAACCCUCCUUCCCCUCCCUCCUCCACCAAUGCCUCCCUUCCCCCUUCACCCCUUCAGAAUGAUAUCCAGGUGCCCUCGGACUUGGAGGUCAUGACCUCUCUGCUGCAAGAGGAACUGGCCCAACUAGAGGACUACUUCCUGUCUGAACCACUGCCAGAGAAAGGGCCGAGGCUGGGAAAAUGGGACAGGGGUCCACUGCCGACGGGUCCUCAGCCGUUCACUCAGCUGCCAUACGCAUCAUACUCCACGUCCAACCAAUCGGAAUCCAGCCCACUUCUUGUUACCCUGGCAACCGGUGAACUGGACCUGCUGAGCAUCUGUGGCGGGCCCAUUGGGCGAUCCAAAAUUCCAAGACACGCCCCGUAUAGCGUCAGUCGCCCCACCGGGUGUGUGAGGAAAAGAGUUCCUGACGGGACAAGGUUCCACGAGGGCUAUGAUAACAGUUUGUUGAGUUCCAAAGGAAGUAACUCAGGUAACUCGGCCGUGACCCUCACCGGUAGCUACGACUGUGUAGAGGACGAGCAGCUGCUAGGGAAAAGCUACUGUCUGGGUAGUGCAGUCGAGGUCAGAAGAUGUGCCGCUCUACCAAAAGACGAGAAAAAUUGCUGUUUCAGUCAAGAUGUCAUAGGUGGUUCCAAAGUUGUCGGCGGUGGAUUUGGUUUUGGCGUAUCACUUGAUGUCCCGCACAAAAAAGAGGAUCUGCUGAUGUAUAGCAUGAGGGAGGUCGGCGGAGUCACCGGUAACAACGAGGUGCUGAAUAAUAUCAAAGCUAGCAUGGAGGUCACCAAAGCCUCAUGGAAGACAGAGAGCAGUGAAGGUUGUUAUCUUCCAGCAGCACCGCAGUCAGAGGCCUUUCAUAGCUUCUUAGGCAAUAUCAACGAACAGGUGAAAUCAGAGAGUCUACGGAUAGGGCAGCAUGAUUUGCACUGUAAUUUCCUGGAGGAUCAGGGCCCAGAGUGUCUUUUAAUGUCUAGGGAGAGUCUGAACAUGGAGUCUCCGUGUCACAGACAAGCAUGCAGGCUAAAUGAAGAAGACCACUGUGCUUUAAACUACGAAGACGACCUCAUUCCAGGUGAAGGCGGCGAGCGCAAACAGAAGAAGAGAGAUCAGAACAAAACUGCCGCUCACAGGUAUCGCCAGAGAAAAAGGGUGGAGCUUGAUACUUUGGAGGGACAGUUGCAUGGCCUUGAAGGGAGGAACCGGGAGCUCCGGGACAAGGCAGAGUCGGUAGAACGUGAAAUCCAGUACGUCAAAGACCUGCUGAUUGAAGUUUACAAGGCCCGCAGCCAAAGGCUCAAGCAGGACACAACAGCGUAACACCGAGCUCCUGCAAGUAUAUUUAAAGAGGGCGUAGCAGGGAAGAUGUGGCGCCUUUUUGUGUCUUUAAGAUUGUCCAGAAGUGAAUGUUUGAAUUUUUUUGAAAUGCAUGCUUUGCUAACGUGAAUUAUUUUUGACAGUUAAAACCAACACUUUAUCCGAUGCGUCCAUUGCUUUCGCUCUCUCUAAUCACUUGAGCCUGCACUGUGGCAUUGCAAUGCUUUAAAUGACAAUCAAUUAAAAAAGAUAUUGCACUGCGUGGAUCUACUAAUUGAAGUACAGUUAUUUCUGGGAAAGUACCUUUUUUUCAUUAUGCGGGUUUAAUCAUUUAACAGCCUUACAUUUGAAUUGAUGUCAGCAAUAGAAAUUCAUAUUUUUUUCAAAUUUACAAUAACUGUACUAUACUUUUUAAUAGUUGAGGUUGUUAAACAUGUGGUUGGUGUCACUAUGUGAAACUGCAUCGCUUCCUUUUUGAUUUCAUCUUUUAAACCAAAUACUUUUCUACAAUCAUUUUCUCGCAUCGCUUGUACAGCAAAUGUUAUUUUAACUGCUUUGAAUAUUUUAAAAUACUCGAAUUGGGCUUGAAGAUGUAUUGACUUUUACAAUUGCGGCUAAUGUAAAGAAGAGCACAAAAUAAAUGUAUUCAACCUUAACUAUUGGUUGGCAAUUUUAAUAAAGUUUUUGGACAAUUUAUUUUAGGGGUAGGUAAGAAUGGAGAAACCAGCUCGAGUGCGCUAGAAUUUGAAACUACGCAGCCGAAAAA